AGGUCAGUCACGUUCCCGGCGCGUUUUAUAAAACCACUCGGCCCAACACAAGCCGUAGAACUGCACUGCACAGCGCCAGCGCGAGAGACCGACCAGAAAGUAGAAACCCCCGGCCGGAAGGAGAUGAGCUACUACGGCCAGCAGCAGGCGCCAGUCGGCGCCCCGCCGCAGCAAGGUUACCCGCCGCAGGGGUACCCUCCGGCCGGUUACCCGCCGCCACAGCAGGGCUACCCGCCGGCCGGAUACGGCCAGCAGCAGCAGGGCUACCCGCCUCAACAGGGCUACCCGCCCCAGCAGCAGCAGCAGCAGAACAGCGGGCCUUCCUUCAUGCAAGGAUGCCUGGCCGCGCUUUGCUGCUGUUGUCUCUUGGACGCCUGCUUCUGAGACCAAGGUUCCAUCCUCACGCGUGUUGGAACUGAUCAAUUGUGCCUUGUUACCGAAAUGCUACUAGCCUCCAUGUUUUGGGCCCUAUCACAUUUUUCUACCCCUUGUUUGUAAACUUCACAUUUUGAUUAAUUAUUCGGUUGGUUUGGAUGUGAUGACUACCUUGCUAAAUGCUACUAAUCCAUCUUUUAUUUUCUCCUUGUUCGAAAAGUAAGCA